CUGUGGGAGAAUGUAAGAACACGCCCAGCCUUCAGUUCAGAGAGAGAGCUGAGAGGAUCCCUCUGCUGCUCUGAUAUAAUUACAGUUUUAAGAGGUAAAAUGCUAUUGAAACCCCUCCUUUUUAUGAGGCAUGAUACAUUUCAAGGAAGGGGGGCAUAUAAUGCUAGGAGAUGAGGAUGACACAAUAUGUCCCCUUUAAUUAUUAUCCCGGGAAACAGAAUGCUAGAAGAAAGUUCCACUGCUAGUCCUGUGUGUGCCUGCCACAUACCCAUUGGCUGCUGCUGCUGCUGAGCAAGGGCUGACGCUUUGGCUAUUCACAUCACUGAGAAUUUAUAACGUCAAAAUCAGAAAUUCUUGAACUGCGAUAACCGGUUUCAGAAUGGCAUCAAUUGAUCCUUAUCAACACAUAAUCGUUGAACAUCAGUAUUCUCAUAGGUUCACAGUAACCGUAAUAAAGGCCACCAAUGUCACAAAGGGAACAUUUGGCGAUAUGCUCGACACACCAGAUCCUUAUGUGGAACUUUAUAUUUCAUCUGCACCAGACAGCAGGAAACGAACCAAGCACUUUAACAACAAUAUCAACCCAGUCUGGAAUGAGACAUUUGAAUUUAUUCUGGAUCCUAACCAAGAUAAUGUUUUGGAGAUAACUCUAAUGGAUGCAAAUUAUGUGAUGGAUGAAUCUCUGGGCACUACAACCUUUCCAAUCUCAUCAGUUAAACCAGGAGAGAAGAAACAAGUCCCAUUCACUUUUAAUAAGGUCACAGAGAUGAUACUGGAAUUCUUACUUGAAGUUUGCUCUUCCACUGACCUGAGAUUCAGCAUGGCCCUUUGUGAUCAGGAAAAGUUUUUCAGGCAAAAGCGUAAAAACCAAGUGAUCAAUGGACUGAGGAAACUUUUAGGUCCAGAAAAAACAAAAGAUCUAAAUCCAACUUCAAGAGAUGUACCAGUAAUUGCUGUGCUUGGAUCUGGAGGAGGCUUCCGUGCAAUGAUUGGGUUUUCAGGUGUCAUGAAGGCAUUAUUUGAAUCAGGAGUUCUUGACUGUGUCACGUAUAUUGCUGGUUUGUCUGGAUCUACAUGGUACAUGUCUGCACUUUAUUCGCAUGCUGAUUUUCCAAAUAAAGGUCCAAAAGAAAUAAACAAAGAAUUAAUGAAUAAUGUCAGUCACAACCCACUACUCCUGCUCACUCCUCAGAAAGUGAAACGCUACAUUGAAGCCUUGUGGAAAAAGAAAAGCUCUGGCCAGCCAGUCACAUUCACUGAUAUUUUUGCUAUGCUUAUCGGAGAGACUCUCAUCAAAGACAGAAUGAACAGAAAACUGAGUCACAUGCAGGAAAAAAUAAGCCAUGGUCAGUGUCCCCUGCCGCUAUUUACUUGUCUUCAUGUUAAACCGGAUGUCUCUGAGCUGAUGUUUGCAGAUUGGGUGGAAUUCAGCCCAUAUGAAAUUGGAAUGGCCAAGUAUGGUACCUUCAUGCCUCCAGACCAUUUUGGAAGCAAGUUUUUUAUGGGAACUGUGAUAAAAAAGUAUGAAGAAAAUCCUUUGCACUUUUUAAUGGGUGUCUGGGGCAGUGCUUUUUCAAUAUUAAUCAACAGAGUGCUUGGCGUAUCCACUAACAACCAAGGUUCUACGAUGGAGGAAGAAAUAGAAAAUCUCAAGCCAAAGCACAUACUGGGCAAUGACAGCUCUGACAGUGAUGACGAGAUGCAAGAACCAAAAGGUACUGAAAAUUCUAAAGCAGAAGAGGAGUAUCAGAGAAAUAAUCAAGCCAGUUGGGUCCAGCGUAUGCUGAUGGCAUUACUGGGUGACUCUGCUCUAUUUAAUACCCGUGAGGGAAGAGCUGGGAAAGUGCACAACUUCAUGCUUGGAUUAAACCUUAAUACAUCAUACCCAUAUUCACCCCUUUCAGGCUUGUGCACUCAGCAGUCUAUGGAGGAGGAUGAGUUUGAUGCUGCUGUCGCCGAUCCUGAUGAGUUUGAGCAAAUAUAUGAACCACUCGACGUGAAGAGCAAAAAAAUACACAUAGUGGACAGCGGGUUAACGUUUAAUCUGCCGUAUCCUCUUAUUUUAAGACCUCAACGAGGAGUCGAUUUGAUCAUUUCAUUUGAUUUUUCUGCAAGGCCCAGUGAUUCAAGUCCGCCUUUCAAGGAACUCCUACUUGCUGAGAAAUGGGCAAGGAUGAAUAAGCUGCCCUUUCCAAAAAUAGACCCGCAUGUCUUUGACCGAGAAGGACUGAAGGAAUGCUACAUAUUUAAACCAAAAAACCCAUCAGUAGAAAAAGAUUGCCCCACCGUCAUUCAUUUCGUCUUGGCUAAUCUUCAGUUCAGAAACUUUAAGGCACCAGGCGUGCCACGAGAAACCGCUGAAGAGAAGGAAUUUGCUGACUUUGACAUUUUUGAUGAUCCAGAAACACCAUUCUCCACAUUCAACUUCCAGUACCCAAAUGAGGCUUUUAAACGGCUGCACGACCUUAUGGAGUUCAACACCCUGAACAACAUAAAUGUGAUUAAGCAAGCCAUGGUGGAAAGUAUUGAAUACAGAAAGCAGCACCCGUCUCGUUGCUCUGUCUCAUUAAAUGAUGUGGAAGCACGGAAAUUACUCCACAAAGAUUCCCAAAGCAAGUUUCAAAUGUGAAGUCUACACAUACCUGGAGAUGGGGAAGUCUUACAUAUGUGUACAUACCAGGAACUGAUAAGGCAACUAACCAUGUAACUGAACGUUGCUAAAGUUAUGUUAAUCUAUAUCAGCAGGAAGCCUAUCCUUAAGCAACGCUGCUUCAGUUUCAUCAUUUAUUUUCCUAUUGAAGAUGAACAGGAUUAAAUAUGAAAUAGCAUCAACACUUUAUUGCUGCAGAGGCAAAUGCUUCUCCCUCUGAGACAGGCUGAUUGUUGGCCCAAUGUGUGUUUAUUGAUUACAUUGUCGCAUUUUGACCCGAACGUGACACACAAUGUGUUUUGACAAGACAUGGUGUUUACUCCAGCUGGGGAAUAUAUUUAGUACAAAAAAAUGAAGACAAACUUUUCUACACAUGACAUAUAAAUACUCUGUACAUCUCUGCUGAUUUUCCCCUGAGUGCCACCAUCAGGACCCCCCCUCACAUGAGAAAUGGAUUUUCAUGGGGCACCUACAGAACUGGUCAUAAGUGCUGACAAUUCUGUUUAUGAUAUGGAAAUACAUAUUUUUAUUUGUACAGCAGUUAAUGUUGUUUGGCUGUUAAACUUGUGUGUUAUAUAUAUCCUUGAGUUGGUUUUAUACUGAAAGCUUACAGCUGCAUGUUUCCAUUGAAGAGCCAUUUAUAAACGUUGGACACAUUUUCCCCUGGGCAAUAACUCAUGACAGCCAAUCAGAUGAUUGCUUUCAUUGUUUAAACAGCAGGAGGCUAGAAAAAUCCAUCUGAUUGCUUGCUGUGGAUUUCUGCCCAGGGGCAAAUUUGCCCGGUGUUUAUAAAUGAGCGCCAUUAAGUGCUAAAAUCACCACUCUUCCUAAACACAAGUACAAGUACUAAUGCCCUGUUUUUUAAGUCAUGUAGACAUAGUUGUAUAGUUAUAGAUGUAAUGUGACGUGACACAGGGCAGUAUAUCUAUAGCUGCUGUUAAUCAAAUCUUCUGUAGGGCUGUACAUUGCACACUAGUGAGUAUCAACCAAAAGGCUCAAUAUGCCAGCCACCUGGGCCUUCACACUCAUGCUUAUUCCUAGAGACCAAGUGCAGUCCAGUGCUGGCCUUUAGAAAGAUCGUAUGGAACCACUGAGGGUCCAGAGAAGACCAACUAAAUUAAUAAAGGUGAUAUAAGAAGACAGAGAGUUUAAGGUACAUUUUGCCGCUGAACAGGUUGUUUAUUAUUAGAGUUAGAAAUGAUCACUUCUGGGAAGUUAUAUUUGCAGUUACAAUUUAAAGUUUAGACCCUUAAGUGCCAAACAUAAUAGCAACAUGUGAAUUACUUGUAGCGCUAUGUGAAAAGCAUAUUGCUUGAUGCCGGCCCAGGCUUGCACUUGAAGGGUUAAAACAAUGGUUAAAUGCCACUACAGUGAAACUGGAAAAGGACACAAUUGGCUUGGAGAAAUAAAAAGGCAUAUUUACUAACAUAGUUGCAGAUUUGCUGCAUCACAAUGAGAAAUGUGCUCUAAUAUCACACUCGUAGGGAUACAUCCACUUAAAAUGUUCUCCUCCCUGGAGCAGAGAUGUAUUAUACUGUGCCAGCCCACAGGUACCUUUACCCCUGAAGACUUGAGCAGCUUGUAACUUUCCCUGCAAAAACAGACUAUUAAAGUGAAAUGUUACAGGGGAGCAAAGGGGAAAUAACCAAAGCAAUGUGCCAUAACCAGAGUGUGCAACGUGCAUAUGGGAAAUCAUUCACAAACCCUGGGUCAUGCAGUCUCCAAAAUGAAGUUCUGAAUCGGCCGUUGCCUCUUUGCAUAUGGAGCAAUAUAUUAAUUUAUGUAAUCAGAUGCAAUUUAUUUCAAUGUACAUUUUUACAAUGUUCUAUAUAAAACGAUCGUGUUUAUUGUUAUGAAGUGUUAUCCUUUAAAUCAGUGUGCUGUAAUGUUAGGAAUGGUUUGUAUAUUGAAUGUAGUAAGACAAGUUUGUAGCGUGUUGCUAUGGGAACAAGAUUGGAUAAACGUGAAUAUUGAAACGUAGGUAUUCUAGUUUCCACUUCUGAUCUAUGCUGUCAGUUUGAGGCUGACUUGGUUACAGAAACCAUAGAAAAAGACAUAAUAAAUAAUAUGUGAUAAAAA